CCUCACGCCACUGCCAUGGCAACGGCUCGUGAAGUCACGGCGAGCGGGGCGGCUGCUGCGAGCGCGGGGUGCUGGGAUGGGAGCGUGGGAGGCAGCGCCGCUUCCCCCGCUCCGCUCCCGCGGCCCCCCCAGAAUGAGCUGUGUCCCCGGCAGCGCCGACGCCUCCGCCUGACCCCCGUGCUGCCCGCCGUGCCCGUGUCACCCUGCCCGUGUCACCCUGCCCGUGUCACCAUGCUCAUCAAGGAGUACCGCAUCUGCAUGCCGCUCACCACCGAGGAGUACCGCGUGGGGCAGCUCUACACCAUCAGCAAGCACAGCCAUCAGGAGAGCGAGAAGGGUGAGGGUGUGGAGGUGGUGAAGAACGAGCCCCACGAGGACCCCAUCCACGGCCCCGGCCAGUUCACUGAGAAACGUGUCCACCUCUCCAGCAAACUGCCAAGCUGGGCACGGGCAGUGACCCCCCGCAUCUUCUACAUCACCGAGAAGGCCUGGAACUACUACCCCUACACCAUCACGGAGUACACGUGCUCCUUCCUGCCCAAGUUCUCCAUCUACAUCGAGACCAAAUACGAGGACAACUGCGGGGACAGUGAGAAUAUCUUCCACAGUGACAAAAUCCUGGGUGAUCACGAGGUCUCUUUCCUGGACAUCGCCUUUGACGAGAUCCCUGAGCGCUACUACCGCAGCCUGGAGGACCCCCGUUUCUUCAGCUCGGCCAAGACGGGUCGGGGGCCGCUGCGGGAGGGCUGGCGCCAGCACACCAAGCCCAUCAUGUGCUCCUACAAACUGGUGAGCGUCAAGUUCGAGGUGUGGGGGCUGCAGACACGGGUGGAGCAGUUUGUGCACAAGGUGAUCCGGGAUAUCCUGCUGAUCGGGCACCGGCAGGCUUUCGCCUGGGUGGACGAGUGGUGCGACAUGUCCCUGGAAGAGGUCCGGGCCUUCGAGACUCAGAUGCAAGUGGCCACAAACCAAAAGCUGGGGAGCCAGCACCCCUAAGCCCCUCUGCCGGCCGGGGAUGGACACCCCGGACCCUGCCUUGCUGCCUGGGGGUGGGAGCAGGCAGGGGGACUUGUGCCCCCCUCCGCAUCCCGCGGCGGAGUGUCCCGUGUCCCAGCUGCCCUCCCUGCGUGUCCUCUGCCUGCGCUGCCUGCACUGCCGGUCCAUCCCUUACCCUCUACUGCCUGGGCUGGCGCUGGAGUUGGAAAGCUGGCUGUGCUGCCCAGCAUCCCCUUCCCUGCCCGUCCCCCUGUCCCCAGCCCCUGUCCCCUUGCUGUCCCCCUGCUCGGUGGGCAGCCGGGGCGCGGGCUGCCCCGGGAUGAGGGGGUGCCGGACGCGGCCGUGCCGAGCG